UCUCCUGUCUGUCAGGUCUAGUUCUGUGCGCGGCAGCGCCGUUGCCAUGGAGAGGAGUACUGAAACAAGUGUUGAUAGCUCGGCGUCAUCAGAGUGCGUAAACCAAAUCCUCAGCUCAUAAACAAGACGUUAUCAAAGAUGUGUGAGGGACCUUCAUCAAUUUCUGGACCAAUCCCCCCAGAUCCUUCUCUGUUUCCUCAGUACUACAGACGACCUGCUUCAGCUCGGGGCCGUUUAGAGGGAAACCAUGAGGGGACCUUAGCCCUGCUCUCAGGGCCAGUCGCUCCAGAUCCUGUGUUGCACCCUGGCUGCUACAGUGCUCGUACCCCAACAAAUCGUCCUCGUAUUGGACCCAAUGCAAUGCAUAUUCUGGAGCGAGGACAGAAAGGAGUAGUGGGAGAACUACUCAAACUAGACGGUGUCUCUGUCAUGCCUGUUCCCAAACAGAAGCAGCGGGCGCAUGACUUUGGUAAAGAGAACGUGCGUCGGCUCAGGGAGAUCCAGAGGCGCUGCAAAGAGCAGGAGGCUGAGAGAGCACAGUCUCGCACAGCUCCAGUCAAAGCUCUUUGGACCUCCUCUAAAUACCAGAAUGUUCCAUCCAGGGUGAUGGUCCAACUACAGGUUUCUAAUCCAACUGCUAAACCACAGUGUCAAAACUUUCUGAAGGCCCACUCCAGUGGUGGAUCUGCCCUAGCAAGACCACACUCCAAAACCUCCCCUCCAGCUUUGCAACGACCAUCCUCCUGCUGUUCUAUAGAGGACCAGAACUUGGAGUUACAAGUGCAAGGCCAGUCCAUAGACUUCAUUAAACAUAAUGCCCGGGCUGCAGGAAAAACUGUGGUGCGCCGGUCCCAGUCACUGACAAACCUCAGAGAUAAGCCUGUCCCCAGUGCUGUUAAGGGACAGGUACCCCAGUAUCUUGAGGAAAGGAAGAAGCAAUGGCAAAAAGAGGAAGAAGAGAGAAGGAGGAACGCACCUGAUCCUACUGUCCCAGCUGGUCACGCCCUGAUGCCUGAGCAUAAAAGACAAGAGACACUCAAGACCCUCACAGAGACCCAUCGCUCCCUGGUGACUGAGCUGCUGUCGCUGCCACUCAAAGCUGACAGUCUGAGUGUUCGCUCACGUCGGGCUCAUCUUGAUUGCCGUCUUUCUGAAAUCGAGGAGGCCAUAAAAAUUUUCUCCAGGGACAAAGUUUAUGUGAAAAUAGAUUCAUAACACAUGAGGAUGAGAUGGUCAUGUAAAUUCACUGCUUUAUCAAGGUUUAUUUUUUAUUUGUAAUAGUUGCGUAAUGUAACAAAGCACUGAACCUUGUAAAUUGGAUGAUUAUUUUAUUGUGAUGUUUUCUUUUUGUAAGUUGAAUAAUUAUAUGUAACAAUUGCUUAAGCACAGCCAUUCACUGUACAGAUCUUCUGGUAGUUCAAAAUGCUGGUUAAUUAUAUGCAGUUUUCUCUUGAAGCAGAAAUGAGCUGGUGCAUUUUCAACGAUCAGCUCUUAAAGAUGUGAUCGGAUAUGGUUUGUUUUGUCUUUGCGUAAAACUGGCUGGUUGUUUGUAAUAAUGGAUAUUUUUUGUGACUUUGUAGUACAUUUGCAAUAUUUUAUAUGCCUGGCCAUUCAAACAUAAAUGCAGAACAUUGUGUACAGCUGAAA